AUGUACACGUUAGAUGGUAGCCUUGUCGAUGCUGAGUUACAAACUCAAUACAUUAUGAAUAUAACUAUACAGAGAUAUAACCAAUUAAUUCCAAGUAAUAUAAUCAAACGAGGACUUAUCAACCCCGCAGGAUCUAUUAUAAAAGCAAUUACUGGAAAUAUGGAUAAUGAAGAUGCAAUUAGAUAUGAUAACUUGAUCAAUAAUAUACAAUCGAAACAAAAUGUAAUGUCUAGUAAAAUAACCUUAAUUUCCGAAAUGGUUGAUACUUUUGUAAACAUUACCAAUUCUACUAGAAAUAACUUUAUAAUUUUAGAAAAGACCAUUAAGGAAAUAGAAGAAAUUUUAAACAAAACUCAAUUCCAAAGAAUUAAGAACUUGGUAUUAAAUACCUAUAAUUUGUUAACACAUAACUUUCAAGUAUUAUUAACCCGCUUGGAUGAAGUGGAUACAGCAGUCUCGUUUAGUAGAGUAAAUAUAUUACAUCAGUCUAUAUUAGACACCAACGAAUUAUUUAAAAUCCUAAAGGACAUAGAGAAAACGGAUAGGUUAGCAUUUCCUGUUACAAUAACGAACUUAGUUAAUAUAGAACAUUGCAUAGACAUCAAAGCUUAUGUAAAGGGUAAACAAAUAACUUUUAUUAUGACAGUACCAACAGUCCAAUUAGAUGUCUAUAAUUAUUAUACCCUACAUCCAUUUCCAAUGUACAAUCCUAACCUUAACCUAUCAUUCCUUAUAACUCCUAAACAUUCCCACAUCCUUGCGAAAGGGUUGAAAUUAGUAUCGCUCUCCCAGACUUGCAGAGAGAUUGACGAAGGAAAGUUCCUUUGUUACGAGAGCAACGUGUCCUUCGAGGAAGAAACUACUUGCAUCAAGGACCUGAUGACGUUCUCUGCUAAGAUAAUGUCUUGUCGCCCCCUUCCUGUCAACGCAUCAGACAUUAAAAUAAAAUACAUACAGCCAAAUUCUUGGCUCAUUUACGCAGGUUUCAGUACAUUCCUGACAGAGGACUGUGACAGCGAGACAAGCCAACGCAGCGUCAUGGGCACUUACAUUAUUACCCUAGAUAACGCUUGUGAAGUAAAACUAGGAAAAAUAACUUUAAGACAACGUCGCCUUCAAGCAGCAGAGAUGGACUUUCGAAGCACACCAACGAUACAUCUACCAAGCAUCAUAGCACCAGAGGACAUCAAGUUACGCUCAACUAUCAACUUAGACGAAAUCGACCUGGAAAAUUUACAGAUCUUAUCUCACGCAUUAAAGGACAGCAGUGCAGUGAUUAGUAACAGUGACAAUCAAGUUGUGAAUUUACAUAGUACAUACUAUGAUUAA